AUGUCUUCACCUUCUACCUCCCCUGAGGUGUCAGGCGAAUUUGCCUUGCCCGCCAGCACCGAGUCGCCUAUCGUUGAGCGCAGCAACCCUAUGGGCUCCGGCAUCGCUCAGACCGUUACCUCUCGCGACCCCAAGGCUGCCGCCCAGGCCGCUUCUGAUAUGAAGAACGUCGUUCGCCGCAAGCUCACCGGAUACGUUGGAUUCGCAAACCUACCUAACCAGUGGCACCGCAAGAGUGUCCGCAAGGGUUUCAACUUCAAUGUUAUGGUUGAGCGCCCUGGACCCAAUGCCGAUAUCAUUCCUAAGACCGUGUCCAUUCAGUCCAUGAGCGCCGAUAUUGAGGAGAAUGGUGUCCGCCUCCGCUUGACUGUGGUUGACACCCCCGGAUUCGGUGACUUUGUCAACAACGAUGAUUCGUGGCGCCCUAUUGUCGAGAACAUUGAGCAGCGCUUCGACACCUACCUUGAGGCCGAGAACAAGGUCAACCGUAGCAACAUUGUCGACAACCGCAUCCACGCCUGUGUUUACUUCAUCCAGCCUACUGGGCAUUCCCUGAAGCCCCUGGACAUCGAGGUGAUGCGCCGCCUGCACACCAAGGUCAACCUGAUUCCCGUUAUCGCCAAGGCUGAUACCUUGACUGACGAGGAAGUGGCCAAUUUCAAGCAGCGUAUCCUUUCCGAUAUCGAGCACCACUCCAUCCAGAUCUUCGAGGGCCCUCGCUACGAGCUCGACGACGAGGAGACCAUCGCUGAGAACCAGGAGAUUAUGUCCAAGGUUCCUUUCGCCGUUGUUGGUGCUAACUCGGAGGUUAAUGCGCCGGAUGGCCGUCGCGUGCGUGGCCGUAGCUACCCCUGGGGUACUAUCGAGGUCGACAACGAAGACCACUGCGACUUUGUGAAGCUGCGCCAGAUGCUUAUUCGCACCCAUAUGGAGGAGCUCAAGGAGCACACCAACAACUUCUUGUACGAGAACUACCGCUCAGACAAGCUCACCCUUAUGGGUGUCGCCCAGGACCCCAGCGUGUUCAAGGAGGUCAACCCUGCCGUCAAGCAGGAGGAGGAGCGUGCUUUGCACGAACAAAAGCUUUCAAAGAUGGAGGUGGAAAUGAAGAUGGUCUUCCAACAAAAGGUUUCCGAGAAGGAAAGCAAGCUCAAGCAAAGCGAAGACGAACUUUACGCCCGGCAUCGCGAGAUGAAGGAUCAGCUAGACCGACAACGCCAGGAGCUGGAGGAGAAGAAAUCCCGCCUCGAGAGUGGUCGUCCUAUCGAGAAGGAACCCAAACGCAAGGGUUUCUCGCUUCGUUAA